AUAGGCCGUAGGCCGGGUGCGGUGGCUCACAUCUGUAACCCCAGCACUUUGGGAGGCUGAGGCGGGCUGAUCACCUGAGGUCAGUAGUUUGAGACCAGCCUCAACAUGGAGAAACCCCGUCUCUACUAAAAAUACAAAAUCAGCCGGGUGUGGUGGUGCAUGCCUGUAAUACCCAGCUACUCGGGAGGCUGAGGCAGGAGAAUUGCUUGAACCUGGGAGGCGGAGGUUGCGGUGAGCCGAGAUCACGCCAUUGCACUCCAGCCUGGGCAACAAGAGCGAAACUCCGUCUCAAAAAAAAAAAAAAAGAAUAUAAUAGUUAACUUUUCUGGAUCAAAUCAAUAUGUAGGUUUAAGUAGAAUGAGCAGAAUAUUUAAUAUUUAUAGGGCGCUAUUACCAGUGGUAGAUUUAUUACUUGUUAACAAGUAAUGCGUCAGUAUUUUUUAAUAGUAUAUCAUAUUUCUUAACUAUUAGAAAUAAAUUUUAUCAUUUUGUUGCUUUGUACUUUAUUUUGUUCUUCCCCCAGUCUCUGUAUUUCUGCAAAUGUGAGGGGGAAAGGGGCGAAUCUCAUUAGUGAGAUUCUAUGGUAGUAACUGUGCCCAUAGUGUUAGUGCUUCAGGAAGGUUGUUAUUUCCAUGUGUCUCAUUCCAAAUAUAGCUGUUGCAACACACCUCAGAGGGUUACUUUUGGAACUUACUUUUACGAAGAUUUUUCAUAAUGUUCAUGGGUCCUGUUACGAAAAAGUAGUACUUACCUGAAAUUCAUAUUAGCUUUGGUGGCAAUAUUUUGUUGUGUUAAUGUUAUAUUGGCAUUAAAUACCCUCCUUUAGCCAGCUUAGAAUAAAACUAAAAAGAAAAAGCAAAGCAAGAAGAGAUGCAUUUCUGAUCAGAACCAAAGUUAUUGCUGUGGGCUACCCAUUGAUCUUUGCCUUGCAAGUUAGACUUUGUAGGGAUGUACUGUGGUAAAUGGAAACCCUAGUGGGGAAGACUACUUUAGUCAAAUGACCUGUUUUCUCAAUUCAGGUGAUAUCUUUGGAUGAUAACUUUGCUAGUUAUAUCUGAAACUAUACAGUUGUAAAAUCUGGAAAACAUAUUGGAUUCCCUAUUUUUUUUUUAUUCCAAACACUUGUUAAAAAUGAGAUUUUUAAUAUGGAAAAUUGUUUUGGGAGCUUAUAAGGGGCCUUUCUAACAAUAUGGACCUGGCAUUAACGGACAGUCCCAAGCACAAAUAAUUCCAAGUGGUUCAUUGGGAAUGCCUUGAGACUGCUAUGGCCUGUUGUAACCUGAUGAUGUCAGCAAUGAAAAAUCAAAGCAACACCACCUGUUAAAAAUUUUUUUAAUGUUUUAAACCUGUAUAGGUGUAUGUAUGUGGUUGGUAACCACAGACUUGUCUUUAUUUUUAUUUAGAUUUUUAAAAAUUGUAGGCCUGUUGUCUACAUAAAUAGUUGUAAAAUGUACCUUACAAAAAUCCACCGGAACUCUCUAAGAUUAAAAAAGGAGGGAAUCCUUUCAGUCCUUGUGCACCGGGGAACAAGGUCGUGAAUAAAAGGUCUUGGUGAGGUGCUGCCAUUUCAUCCAUCCUCGGUCUCUGCGCCUUUCGCAGAGCUUCCAGCAGCACUAUGUUGGGCCAGAGCAUCCGGAGGUUCACAACCUCUGUGGUCCGUAGGAGCCACUAUGAGGAGGGCCCUGGGAAGAAUUUGCCAUUUUCAGUGGAAAACAAGUGGUCGUUACUAGUUAAGCUGUGUUUGUACUUUGGAUCUGCAUUUGCUACACCCUUCCUUGUAGUAAGACACCAACUGCUUAAAACAUGAGGAUGUUUCAGUUCCUCCAUUUAACAGAUAUGAAGAGCAUUUUAAGAGGUGCAGCCUCUGGAAGUGGAUCAAACUCGAACUCAUAUGGCAUACUAGAUAUGUUUGUCAAUAAACUUAUGAUGUGGAAAACAAAAAGGAGGGAAUUUAUCAGUACAGU